GGGGCGGCAACAACCACACACCGCCAACUGCGUCGAAAGGAAGCAAAUCGAAACUCCUUCAAUGAGUUUCUCCUUCACAUAAAAUAGUUUGUCCGUUCGCCUCCGAAGACCUAUUUUUUUUUUUUUACCGAUUCGUCGCCUCGACAAAAAAAAUGAAUGGUUCGCUGCGCUCUUCGUCCGACGUGGUGGACAUCAAACUGAAGCGGGGCUCAGCCGGCCUGGGCUUUAAUAUCGUCGGGGGCGUGGACCAGCAGUACGUAAUUAAUGACAAUGGCGUCUACGUGAGCAAAAUUAAAGAAGAUGGAGCUGCAGGAUUGGACGGAAGACUCCACGAAGGGGACAAGAUCCUGGCGAUCAACGGUGCCAAACUUGAGGAUCUGACACACCAAGUCAUCGUGGAUCUGUUCAGGGCCGCAGGGGAGGAUGUGGAGCUCCGUGUUCUGAAAAAGUUUCCUAAUCACGUGAACGGACCGACAGGCUCACAACCCGAGCCCAAAUCCUCCGUGUCUCCUCUGGAAAUACUGGUCGCGUUAGCCGGAGUUGCAGCUAUCUGUGCGUUUAUUUACAUGCGGGUCCCGAGGAAACACUUUUAACGAAGCCAAACGUCUGUUUUAAGAUCAAAAACUUUGCUAAAGGCCAAAGAAAAAGGGUAGGGAUCAGCAGACGCUAUUAUUAUUAUUUUUUUAUUCGUAGGUUUAGGUGUCACUGAUGAGUUUCUCCAUUUUCAUAUGUAUAAUGUGAUUUAAUGGUAGCUUUUGACACCCUUCCUAUGCAAAAGGAUGCUCUCUUAAUAGAUAACUUUGUGAUCGUCAGGAGAACAAGAAGGAUGUAUAUUCCUGCUGCGGGGCUGAGCCCGGGCAGAAACCAACGGCGGCUCGUACACAGAACACUAUUAAAUCGUCGGGUCAGACUGGCUCAAGCUUCAGGGUCCAUUUGCGAACUGAAAGACCGUGUUUGUGUUCAGUCACUCGCAGGCCUCUGUGCACCUCCAUCCCUGAAUGGCAGAUCUGUCUGAGCGUCGACGUUGAGGGGGAACACACUUUACUUUCAGUUCCUCUGUGUUUUUAAAAGUGAAUGCGACCAGGGGUUUCAUUUUUUCAGUUCAGUUUUAUUUUUGCACCCCGUUGCACAGAAUCAUGAGAGGAGUGGUAAAUGAUAACGUGAUGAAUUGUGUCUUGUAAUUUGUCUUCGGAGUGCCUUUUUCUGUCUAUUCCAAGUAAUGGCUUGGUUCCUUGUUGGUCCUUUAUCGGGAUCAAAAUGAAAAUCAACCCAAUACGUCCAUUAAUACGUUAAAUUAAAGGAUGUUGCUGGCAAUAAUCUCUAUUUUCUUGUCAAAAAAUACCAUUUAAAAAGCCAGAAACCGACAGUGAGUUACUCAGUUUCUCAACACUUUACGACUUCCUGUGCCUGUUUAUUCCCAUUUAUUCAACGCAUGAAUCUUUAAAAAAAAAAAACACAUCAUAAAUAUGUAGUUUCAUUAUGAAACAUUCCUAAAACAAGCUUAGCACUGUUGUGUUUAGCAUACGUUACUCAAACAGAAGGAAAUAGUGCAUGUGUUGGACUAUUUACAGCUGCGGAUUAAUAUAUAUUCUGUGCUUUAGUGAGCGAUUUGUGCAGCAGACUUCAGUGCCAGUGUUGUAAUGAAGAAACACGUCACCCAGUGCAACCGUGUGGCUCAGUAAUGUGUUUUUAAUAAAAAAAUGUAGACAACAAUGGAGCUCUGUUGCACCAAUAUAUCAUUCACUACUUAUUACUUUGUUGAUUUGGGUCUUUAAAUGGAAUUUACUGAUCAUCAGAUUAACCAUUAAAGCAAAAUACGCUUGUUCAAAGUGUAUUUUGAACUAAAUUAACUUCACUUUGAAGGGUUUAUUCAAGGAGUCACUCAGGGUGAUCCAUUAAAUCUUUAAAAACAAGUCAUUCCUUAGAUAAUUAUCAUGUGGUGAGCGGCUCGUUUCUUGCGAUGUUUUUGUUGUGUGUCACAGCCGUUAAAGACGUUCUUCUAAUCUUGCAUCGAGGCCAGUGCUCAUAGUCACAUGGCACCUUCUGCUAAGGAAUUGGAGUAUGUUUAUAAUUUAGUUAAAUUGUGUCAAGGAUCAACAGUUUUAUACUGAAAAUCUGUUUUUUGAGCCAGUUCAAUGUAAAGGAAAGUUUUCUUUAAAGAAAUAAGUUGCUGUCAGCAAUGUUUUUUUGUUCUUCUUUUCUUUUCUUUUUUUUACUUUUUGCACUAGCCACAAUCCUUGAACUCCGAACUUCCGUAGAACCAAAUCGUGUGACUGUAUGUGGCUCUUGUCGUCUGUAAAUACAUUUCUCGUCGCUCUGCUGAUUGGGAUUGUGAAUAUGUGUGUGCAGGAUGCCAGAAGAAUGCAGAUCAGAGGCACUAAUGAAUGAAUUGUGUUUUACAUCCAAGCACCUACUGUAUUAAAACUCAUUCAAUUAACCUG